GCCGUCUCUCGUACCCCGCAAGGCGCCUAUGGCUGGCUCCCUCUUGUCGCCUCCCCUCUAAACACCGUCCCCCGCCUUCAUCGCAAUGAGUGGAAUACUCGACCAGUUGGCCCAGGAGUUCAGGGAUGUGCAAUUAGUGCGGUCUUUUCUCAUCGCGAGCGCUGCGCUGCUUGUGUAUGAUCAUGUGCUCACAUUCCCCGCUGAGGUCAGAUACAUCUGGCCCUCCGAACGCUCCCUCGGAAAGAGUCUCUUUUUGUUUAAUCGAUAUGUCGUUCCUUGUAUAGUCGCAAUUGAUCUAUAUGAGCUUGGGGGACUAGCAACAAAUCUUUCGGUCAAAGUUUGUAAAGUCUGGACACUUACAAACGCUCUCAUCAUCAUCGUCAGCCUCGCAGUUGUCAAUCUAAUCGUUGCCAUCCGGGUACAUGCGUUAUACUACGGCGCAAAAUGGGUUGCAUGGGUAUUAGGUAUUACAUGGUGCCUAUAUGUUGGCGCCACCCUGGCGAUCACUCUCUACCUCAUGCUACAUGAAAUUCUACCAACGGUAACACCGAUUCCCAUUGUUAACAUCUGCUUCGGCACUAUCCCACGCUCGUUUUUUUCCAUCUGGUUACCCGCGGCGUGCUACGAGCUGGUAACCGUGACCAUGACAUUGGCACGGGCAUGGCACCACGUAAAGUCUGAUGAAACAACCUUGAUUGCUUACAUACUUUACCGUGAUGGUUUUGUUUACAAUGCAAGCAAAUUAUUCGUUCUGGCCGCAAACAUUCUCGUAUUCGCGUUUGCCGAUACAUAUUUGGUUCUUAUGCUGAGAGAAUGGGUUCUCGUCAUAGCCAAUAUUAUUGGUUCGCGCAUGUCAAUCAACCUACGACAAGCACCUGAAAAGAUGGCAUCCAGCCAUCAUACGGGCGAUAUCUUCGAAAUGCGGGCUGCACGAGGAAGUUGGUCAGUCGCACCUGUCACACGAUCACAGGAUCUUCUGGCCAGUACCGCUGGAGUCAAUCGGAUGCAGUCGAUCCUCCGCAACACGAGUGCUACCGCCACACAUGGGAGUGUGCGGGUGGAGAUCGUGAAGGAGGCAGAUUGGGAGGGAGAUGGUGAUCCCCCACCGGGUUGGGAGAAUGAUGAGUGGGAUGACCCCACAGAAAAACGCGAUUCGGAGCACUCGGAAGCGUCCUUGAUUGAUGCUAAAUUUGGGAUAGCAGUUUGAUUUGCCAGGACUUCUCAGGUAGUAUCUGUCCCUAUUUGAAUGGCUCCCAAUAUCGUACUCACUGUGUAUUGCGACCACUUUGGUCAUGUCGUGCCUGUCAUUACGUGCUUAUCAGCACUAGUAUCGUGUAGCAUUAAUCUAGAAAUUCUCAGGUUCUGUGGUACAGGGUAGCCAUCGAUGACUAUGUAUGGUCAAUCUCAUGUGGU